GGAUAUUAGACAUGGAGGAUUUCGAACCAAAGUUAAGCCUAAAACGAGUCUGAAAGAGACGAAAUAGGGUGAGCAUUGUUAGUCAUGAAAGCACAGAAGGAACUAGUCCAGAGAAAUCCAAAACACAGAUGGUAUCCCAAGACUCUAAGGAGCUCACCCAAAGAUCCUCAGAGAAUGAAGAAGAGGAAAAGGAAGAGUAUAUCUGACCUAUCUGCAUCACCAAUUUUGAUGAGGUUGAUCCUGAGCUCAUCACUGGCUUGAAAAACAAAGUAAAAGCUUUGAAGAAAGAGACUGACAAGCGGAUAACAGUCAAGGCUAGUGAUCCUGUGAUAGUGUAUAUUAACAACUGUGACUUGCAGGACACCCAAACCUCAGUGCUGUCAAGAUCUUUAAACUCCUCCGAUGGCUCCUGAGAACCCUUUUACAUUGUGGCUAAAAGGGAUAUAACUAAUAAUAAAGAAGAAUUCUUGGCAAAUUUCGAGACGAAUGGCAUCUGAAUUCUCAAAAAUUGCAAGCAUAUAUUCCACAAGUGAUGCAUUAAGAACUGGUUUAAGGAACACAGAACAUGCCCUGUGUGAAGAGAGAAAAUAUAUCGCAGUGAUAGUAUCCGCCAGUAUAACUCUGAUGAUAGCUCGCUAUCAAUGGAUAGUAGUAGAGAUCUGGACAGUUUUUCAUCCUUUGAGGCUGCUGAUCAUCAAUUUAUUUUCGAUGAUAUUUAUAACAUCUCAUCCAACCUCGAGAGUCUUUCAGUCCAUUUGGAAGAAUUUGAUGUACGCAGUCAGGGAGAUAGAGUAGCCAAUAAUGUUGAAGAUGAGGAUGACUUCUAUGCAAACAGUGAUAAACAGAUUAGCUUAAUAUUUACCAAUGGGGAACAGCCUCUGAACGACUCUCAUGUCUCAGGCUCCUCUUCAGGAUCGAUUUUCCUAGAAGACAUCUUCUCAACAAAUCUUAAUAUCACCGAGUAAGUCUGAAGCAGAGUCAUCUGUUUUCAAUAAAUUUGGGUAAUUCUAU